AUGACCAUAGUUGCAUUGUGGUGUAUACUGAUGAGUCCAGAUGAUCGCCCAUCAAUGAAUAUGGUAUUAGAGAUGCUGGGAGGUGAUGUUGAACGUUUGCAAAUUCCUUCUCAAUCGACUCAAAUUGGAGUGGGUUUUGAGCAAACGGAAAUUACAUGUUCCUCUGAUUCUGUUUCCUUGCUUCAACAUGUUGAUGCUUCGAUCUAUACUGUCGAGACUCAAGUGUAUUACACCGAUGCUUCUCAUAAUUGCAGGUUGUUAUGUGCAGUGAUUCGUUUGCUUUCUGCGUCGCUCUAUGAUUUUACUCUUGUUUUGGCUAAUGAUUUACCAAUUCGUCAUGCUUGCAGCGGGCAGAUUAGAGACUCAUCUACAGUUUGGCUCAUCAUUUUCCCUUUGGCGGUGUGGCUUUUUAUUUACAAAUUCCGAACAAAGCAACUCUCCUUACACAAAGAUAUAGAAUCAUAUCUACAAAGUGACAACAAACUCGCCCCAAUUAGGUACUCCUAUUCGGAUAUCAAAAAAAUGACUAAAGGUUUUCAAGAUAAACUAGGCCAAGGAGGUUACGGUUGUGUUUAUAAAGGCAAGCUCCGAAGUGGCCUUCAUGUAGCGGUUAAACUAUUGGGGAAAUCGGGGGGAAAAGGGAACGACUUCAUGAAUGAAAUCGCAACUAUUGGAAGGAUACACCAUGUCAACGUUAUCAAAUUAGUUGGAUAUUGUGCGCAUGGCUCCAAACUUGCCCUUGUCUUCGAUUUUAUGACUAAUGGAUCUCUUGAAAAGUACCUCUUCAAUCGAGAAAACAUAAAUCCCCUGAAUUGGAUCACAAAGUUUGAGAUUGCAGUUGGAGUUGCUCGUGGGAUUGAGUAUUUGCAUCGAGGUUGUAACAUCCAGAUUCUGCAUUUCGACAUCAAGCCUCAUAAUAUUCUCCUGGAUGAUAAAUUCACCCCCAAAAUAUCUGAUUUCGGGCUAGCAAAGUUAUGCUCUACAGGUAAAGAUACAGUGACCUUGACUGCAGCAAGAGGAACCAUAGGAUAUGUUGCUUCUGAAUUGAUCAAUAGAAGUAUGGGGCCAGUUUCUUUCAAGGCUGAUGUGUAUAGUUUUGGGAUGUUAUUGAUUGAUAUGGUGGGCUUGAAGAGAGACUUGAGAGGAAAUAAUGAUCAUUCCAGCCAGUAUUUUCCAUACUGGAUAUAUGAUUGUUUCGAGCAAGGCAAGGAUAUUGAAAUUGAAGAAGCGGAGUGUGACGAUGAGAAUGAGAAUAGAAAGAUUAUUGUUAAAAAGAUGACCAUAGUUGCAUUUUGGUGCAUACUAAUGAGUCCUGAUGAUCGCCCAUCAAUGAAUAAGGUAUUAGAGAUGCUAGAAGGUGAUGUUGAACGUUUGCAAAUUCCUUCUCAAUCGACUCAAAUUGGAGUGAGUUUUGAUCAAACGGAAAUUACAUGUUCCUCUGAUUCUUUCUCCAUGCUUCAACAUGUUGAUGCUUCGAUCUGUGUCGAGACUCGAGUGUGA